ACGGUGGCCAACGGUCGGCGGCGGUGGACAGGGCGGCGGGUUGUCUUCUUGUGCAUCGCUAACGGCGGACCAAAAAGCCGCUCGGAGUCACCGUGCAAUUAGACGAAACGUCAGCAUGGACUGGAUGUCGUCGAUUGCAAUAAUCAUCUUCAUACUUUGUAAUUUACUUCAGUUUCUGAAUUUUACAGAUCCUGACAAUGAAAAAUUUAGAUGUACAACAGAAGACUCAAGUUUGGAAGAUGAAAGGAUCAGACUAUAUCUUCAUUCACAUUAUUUGAAUGUCAGCUGCAGUUUGUACUUUGUGGACCCAUCAUCGGAAGAUGAAUUAAUGAACAUGCAUGUGCCUCUCUAUACCAGUGUUGGAAUGAUUCCAAGUUUAGAGAUAUUCAACAGGUCUUCCAAAUAUGUCUUCGACUUCGAACGUACCUUGACACAUCAAGAGUCUGCAUGGCAUCUAAGCAUCCCAAGAGAAGAGCUUGUACUUGAUACAGAUGUGUUUCCUGCGGAUGAAUGGUAUGUGAAAGUGAAAUUGUAUUAUGGAACACUUUGGCAGUCAGCAGAUGGAACUUUGCUUGAUGUCAUGAGAGAACCAAUCUUGCAGUGGAACCUCGGUACAGAAAUUCAUUUAUCUGAGAUAAUUCCCUUUUUAAAAAUUGCAUAUUCUUUGAAGGUUGUGAAACGGCUGUGUGCCAGUGAUGUGUCUAUACUUGCACCUUUAUUUUACCAACCAGAAAGGCUUGAUGCAGGUAUUUUCCUUUUAGUAACAAAGAGUGCAUUCACAUCAAUGCAUGACAAGUGGUAUGAUAUCAAACCAGUCAUUUGUGCUUUAAUCACAGGAGUUUGUCAAAUUUCUUUGCUGGAUAUUAUCAUGACAAAUCGACAUUUGGUACUAUUGACAAGCCGUGGCCUUUUUAUAAGUGAAGACAUGCUGUUCCAACCAGGAAAGGAUUUACCGCGUGGAAGACAGCUUACUUUUUUUAGAAGUUUUGCUAUUUCUGAGGAUGAAAUAUAUAAAAUAAUAUUGUGGCAUACUGAAGAGUGCUUUGCCCAGAAAACAGAUAUGAGUGAAUAUAUCAGUAUUACAGAGUUUACACCUCAUAAUAAUCUCAGAACUUGUCGCUUUAGUCUAAAUCCUUUCAAAAUAUGGAAUUCGUGCUUACCUCCCGUAAUACCCCUUGUAGGAAUUAUCGCUACUAUAUGGGACAAUCAGCGAAAAACAAUUAUUAUAUUGUCAUUUCAGACUAAAGUUGCUGUUACCGUGUGCAAAUGGGAUGACGACUUUAAUAUUUUGGAAAUUAAAGCAUUUCAGCAAUUUUAUUUCCCAGAUCCAGAGUUUUCUCCAACUGGAUUGUUUUUGUACCCAACCAUGUAUUAUCUGUAUGCGUAUGGAACACAGGUUUGGUAUUCAAAGGAUGGCGGUAAUUCAUUUAAAUUGUUACUCAAAUUGAAAGAUGAUAAUGUUAUCAAGGCCAUUGCUUGUCCCCGUACUAAUGCUGUGAUCUUCAUAACUGAUAACAACGUAAUCUAUUAUACCAGGCCAGGUUUGGCCAGAUAUUCUUUAUUUGACUAUUGGAGAAAAGAGAAGUUGGCUUUCUCCUGUGAUCAUUAUGGAACUUUAAUGAAGAUAUCCUUUUAUGAAAAUAGUCCAACUGGCUUCACGGUGGAAUUUAUUGACCACAAAUCACUAAUAGCUGUAAGUUUUCAGUUUUUAUAUUGGAUAACAUAG